ACUAUGUUUUUAGUCGACGAAUGACAGCGUAGCCUUGGAAAUGUCAUUUUAGACCAGCUUUGCUUUCGUUCGAGAGGUGCGAUUGUUAGGCUAACGGAAGUGUCGCUAGUCAGUUAGCCUCUCGUCAGUUAGCUAAAGAAUCGUUAGCAUCUUGCACAUUAUUAACCAUGUUAGUCAGAAUAUGUUUCUAAAAUUGCAUUGAUUUGGCGACUAGGCUAUAUAUGUCGUUGUUAGGUGAUACCGUACAGACGUCGAUUAAAUAUUACAAGACAAGAAGCUUCGAGAAGGAUUAGCUUCAAAAUUUGCCUAUUAUCCAAACAGGAGAUAUUUAACGUGAGACGAGCAACACGGGUAGAAAUAAGAUGACAACAUACUUCAUUAAUGUGUGAUGGAGAGCAGGUGUGGCUGCUUGCUGACUCGCCAGGCGUGAUCAGGCCAGGUCCGGUCCAGCCGCCAUCAUGACCGAGUGCUUCCUGCCCCCCAGCAGCAGCCCCGCCGAGCAGCGGCGUGCCGAGCACCCGGGCGGCGUGGCCCGCACCCCCAGCUCGGAGGAGAUCAGCCCCACCAAGUUCCCCGGCUUGUACCGCACCGGCGACCCGUCCCCGCCACACGAUGGACUCCACCAUGAGGCGCCGGACGCUUACGUCUCAGACGACGACAAGGAACACAGCAAAAAGAAGAACAAGUUCAAGAAGAAGGAGAAGCGGACGGAGGGCUACGCCGCCUUCCAGGAGGACAGCUCUGCAGACGAGGCGGAGAGCCCGUCCAAGAUGAAGCGCUCCAAGGGCAUCCAUGUGUUCAAGAAGCCCAGCUUCUCCAAGAAGAAGGAGAAGGACUUCAAGGUGAAGGAGAAGGGCCCCAAGGAGGCCAAGGAUAAGAAGUCCAAGGACCUGACGGCCGCUGACGUGGUCAAGCAGUGGAAGGAGAAGAAGAAGAAGAAGAAGCCUGUCGUCGUCGCAGAGGCCGAGGCCGUGCCCGUGGAAGCCCCCACCGUCAGGCCCAUCUUUGGUGCCCCCCUGGUGGAAGCAGUGAAGCGGACAGCCCUGUAUGACGGCAUCCAGCUGCCGGCCAUCUUCAGAGAGUGUGUGGACUACAUCGAGAACUACGGCAUGAAGUGUGAGGGCAUCUACAGGGUCUCAGGCAUGAAGUCCAAGGUGGACGAGCUGAAGGCAGCGUACGACCGCGAGGAGUGUCCCUGCCUAGAGGAGUACGACCCCCACACGGUUGCCAGCCUCCUCAAGCAGUACCUGCGUGAGCUCCCAGAGAACCUGCUGGGCCGCGACCUGGCCCAGCGCUUUGAGGAUGCGUGCGGGCGCCAGGCGGAGGCCGACAAGGUGGCAGAGUUCCAGAGGCUCAUGGCCGAGGUGGCGCAUGAGAGCCGGCUCCUCCUGGGCUGGCUUGUCACGCACAUGGACCACGUCAUCGCGCGGGAGGCCGACACCAAGAUGAACAUCCAGAACAUCUCCAUCGUCCUCAACCCCACCAUCCAGAUUGGAAACCGGGUUCUCUACAUGUUCUUCACGCAUGUGAAGGACCUGUUUGGGGACGUGGUCCUGAGGCAGGUGGUGAGGCCCCUCCGCUGGUCCAACAUGGCCACCAUGCCGGCGCUGCCCGAGGCCCAGGACAGCAUCAAAGAGGAGAUCAGGAGACAGGAGUUCCUGCUAAACUGCCUGCACAGGGACCUUCAGGCAGGAGUGAAGGACUUGUCCAAAGAGGAACGUCUCUGGGAGGUCCAGAGAAUUCUCACCGCUCUGAAACGCAAGCUGAGGGAGGCCAAGCGCCAAGAGUGUGAAAGUAAGAUAGCCCAGGAGAUCGCCAGCCUCUCCAAGGAGGACGUUUCCAAAGAGGAAAUGACCGAGAACGAGGAGGAAGUGGUCAACCUCCUUCUGGCGCAGGAAAACGAGAUCCUGACAGAGCAGGAAGAGUUGAUCUCCCUGGAGCAAGUCUUACGACGACAGAUCGCGACCGAGAAGGAAGAGAUCGAGCGUCUGCGGGCGGAGAUCGCAGACAUCCAGAGUCGGCAGCAGGGUCGCAGUGAGACAGAGGAGUAUUCAUCUGACAGUGAGAGCGAGAGCGAGGAUGAGGAGGAGCUGCAGCUUAUUCUAGAAGACCUGCAGAAACAAAACGAAGAACUGGAGAACAAAAACACCCACCUGAACCAGGCUAUUCACGAGGAGCAGGAGGCCAUCUUGGAGCUGCGAGUCCAGCUGCGCCUCCUGCAGGGCCACAAGCUGCAGCAAGAGCUCGCCGUCCAGCCGCCGGCCGAGCAGCAGGCACCGCUGCCCGCCCAGCCCAGCCCGGAGACCAAAGGUGGCGAUGAGCAGGCCAAGCGUCCUGGCAACACCGCGCCAGUCACCGGCACCAGCGCCGCCCCUGACUGCUCUGCGCCGCCCUCUGCCAAGGCAGCCAAGGACCAUCCCAAGCCGUCGCCCAGCAAAGAUCGGCGCGACGCCAACGUGUGAGGUGUCAUUUCCUGGAAGAAGAUGGAGGAGGGAAAGAUGGGUAAGAAAGAAAGCUGAACGCAAUCAUGUCCCCAUUGACACGGUGCCAAAUGAAGACUGAACAACCACUUACAACUCCUCCAAUAUAUAGAAAUGAUAUUUAAAAUGCAGAGUCAACAUAAUGAUGGAUUGUAAGAAAACUUUCCAGUAAUAGAUAUGGAAGAUGUACAUUGACAUGCACACCUUCAUCACUGCUACAACUCAGUCACUCGGUCUAAGACUCCUUUGAGUUCUCUUAUCUCCAUGAGAAUCUCUUUUCUACAUCAUUUCAUAUCACAACCUAUCAUAGUUGCUGCCAUGUGCUGCUUUUCAGUGCUCUUUGUCUAUGAAAACUCUCUAAUCUAUCUCUGAUUGACAUGCUUGCUUGGCAUAUGCUCUGGACUCAUUGAGACUCGUGAUGCAACAUGAUAUUAGUCCUGUGACUUUUCUCCUAUUAUUAUUAUUUUUGUUGUUGUUGCACACAUUUGUGCUGUGAGGAAUAAAGAGUCUGUUUGAGUGAC